AUGUCUUCUUUCAACAUCGUUGUCUUGGGUGGUGACCACUGUGGUCCUGAGGUUACCUCCGAGGCCAUCAAGGUCCUCCGUGUGAUCGAGAAGAACCGUGAUGUCACCUUCAACCUGCAGGACAAGCUGUUCGGUGGUGCCUCCAUUGACGACAACGGAUCUCCCCUGACCGAGGAUACCCUUGCGGCUGCUAAGAACGCCGACGCUGUGCUUCUGGGUGCCAUUGGCGGACCGAAAUGGGGCACUGGUGCUGUCCGUCCGGAGCAGGGUCUCCUGCGCCUCCGUAAGGAGAUGGGCACCUUCGGUAACCUGCGUCCCUGCAACUUCGCCGCUCCCUCGCUGGUCGAGAGCUCCCCUUUGAAGGCCGAGGUCUGCCGUGGUGUCGACUUCAACAUCAUCCGUGAGCUUACUGGUGGUAUCUACUUCGGUGAGCGCCAGGAGGACGACGGCUCCGGAUUCGCCAUGGACACCGAGCCCUACUCUCGCGCUGAGAUCGAGCGCAUCACCCGCCUGGCCGGUAACCUGGCCCUGCAGCACAACCCCCCUCUCCCCGUGUGGAGUCUGGACAAGGCCAAUGUUCUGGCUACUAGCCGUCUGUGGCGCAAGGUCGUCACUGAGAUCAUGGCCAAUGAGUUCCCUCAGGUCCAGAUCGGUCACCACCUGAUCGACUCCGCUGCCAUGCUCAUGGUCAAGGACCCCCGCAAGCUCAACGGUAUCGUUGUCACCAGCAACCUCUUCGGUGAUAUCAUCAGCGACGAGGCUAGUGUUAUCCCCGGCUCGCUGGGUCUCCUGCCCAGUGCCAGUCUGAGCGGUGUUCCUGACGGCAAGAGCCGUGUCAACGGUAUCUACGAGCCUAUCCACGGUUCCGCCCCCGACAUUGCCGGAAAGGGCAUCGUCAACCCCGUUGCUGCCAUCCUCUCCGUCGCCAUGAUGAUGCAGUACUCCUUCGGCAUGUUCGCCGAGGCUCGCAUUAUCGAGAAGGCUGUCAGCAACGUCAUCGAGGCUGGCACUCGCACUGGUGAUAUUGGCGGCAAGGCCACCACUGCCGAGGUCGGUGAUGCCGUCGUUGCUGAGCUUGAGAAGCUCCUCAAGUAA